AUGGCGGAGGCGUUUCCAAUUCCUCCCCUCUCUCGCGGACCCCCAAGUCCGCGUAAGAGAUGCCGCCUCCUCCGGGAGUCGGAGGAUAAUGAAGGGGAUAUGGAAAUCGAACACUACGUCCAUCGCACUGACCCAUUUCGAAGCAUUAGCUUCCCAAACCCCGAUCCGACAGCCCUUAACGUCACCACCAUGACCGCUGAGGAAGAUCCUACACAGCAUUUGCACCGUGACAUCUCCAACACCCUCGACCAGUAUGGUCUGCCAGCAGAGUCACUUUUUCAUAUGUUGAAUGCAACCAUCUCUGGUGCCAGCUUUCCUCUGCUUCGCGUUGUUGUUGCGGGUGAUCAUUCGGCUCUAGUGCCCCUAGGGUCCAUCAAAAGCGAUCUUACUACCCUUCUCGACAACCAUACCCUUUCACAGAUCCAGGUGGAGGUGAUCAACGGGGACCACUUUUAUAUCCCUACUUUGUUCCCGAUCCACUCAACAGCCGAGCUUGCCAUUGCGUUUCACCAUCUCAAGGAUGAGAUCGUCCGACUUCUCGACGAGACUCUUGGAACCAAAUGGCAACUGGUUUGUCCAUUCAAUGUUGGCAGGGAUUCCCGUUCCGCGCGGCCAGCCCUUGUUGUUGGUGUUCUACCUUCAACAAAUGCAAACUGGUAUCAGCUCCAAGCCCACCUGACGCAUCGACUUACGUCACACAUCCCUCCUGUUUUUACAGACAUCGAGUUUCUCCCUGGGAAACUCAGCCUCCUUGGGGAGGGUGAUCCCGUCUCAUUCAAAGAUCGCGUCAAAGGUCCUGGGGACAUUCAGAUGGGAUAUUCAAUCGGCAUUCGAGGACAUAGUAACGCUGGUACCUUAGGAGGCUUUGUCGAGGUUACAUAUGACGGCGAAACGCACCGUGGCCUCCUGACCAACUACCAUUUUGUGCGCCCCUCCCCCCCAUACGCUCACCUUGAUACAAUCAACCGUAAGGGCAUAUCUCCUCUCUCGUCUGUCCCCUUCCAGGGGGCAAUGACUGUAGAAUCUCUAGCCAGGAUGGACCGUGACUAUACCCUGACCGAUCUUGACGACCAGCUACACGCCCUGGAGACACAGAAGGCUCGGGUCGUAGACUUCAUCCGACAACGGCAGCUCAUUGGCAAGGCACCUCGCGCAUCCUCCCAACAGCAGCUUGAAGCCGUUGAAACCUGGGAGAGAACUCUGAUUGCAACGCGCCCAGUCAUCCAGGCGAUGCCACACGUCCUAGGUGACGUCCAUUCUGCGUCGGGCCUCUUAGUCCAUCGCCGACGUGUUAUUGAUUGGGCUUUCGUCGAGCUGACUCCGGAGGCCGAGGAGCGCUUCUUUAGGGCCAACCGAAUGCCCGAAGUCCCAAGAAACCAGAUGCCUCGAAGCGGGCGCUCCGGUCCACCUCCGGCUCUAGUUCCAGCAGGCACCCGUCUCGACGAAUUUAGCUCGUUAUAG